UUUGCGUCAUUUGCGGUAUUUUCGGGUUGUGACCAUGUGUGAUUGACGGCGGUCGUGUUUCUUGCGCCUGUCAUCAUGAACACGAACGAUUUCUUCAAAAAACUUUGUGUUGGCGUGAAUUUCAACGUCAGUAAGUUCAGAUCUGACGCGGAGCGUUUUAAGCUUGCAAAAAAACUGCCGGAAAAUGCUGCGGUAUCGAACUCCGAAGAUCGUGCUCGUAGCCUAAGCGCCAGUACUGGUGUCAAGCGGAAGAUUGCUGGUGAUGAAGCUUUGGAUCAGCAGUUGCAUGUGCCCAAGCCUAGCAAGAGGCAACGCAUUCGAGCAAAAGGCACAGAUGUCCCAGCAUUGCUUGAGACCUUUGAAGAACUGGCCACCCGCUACAAGAUCUCUCGGGUACUGCUUCGCAACGUUGCAGACUUGGGCUAUGAAGCGCCAACCCCUGUUCAGCGCCAAGCCAUUCCUGCCAUGCUUGAGCGGAGGGAGUUGCUGUGCUGUGCGCCAACCGGUUCAGGGAAGACUGCUGCAUUCCUGCUCCCUAUCAUUGCACAGCUUCAAAAACCACCACCAGUUGCCAAAGGCAAGAAAGACGGCAAUGAUCAGCAGAAGGGUGGCUUUCGGGCAGUGAUCCUGGCACCAACGCGCGAGCUGGCACGGCAGACCUACCGUGAAUGUCUGCAGCUCAUUCGUGACACGGGGCUUCACGUCUAUCUUCUCAGCAGCCUGUCAUCUGCCCGGUCGCGCCUCCCAAAGGCGCAACGGAAGUUGGAUAUCUUGGUGUGCACACCAAAUCGGCUACUUUGCCUGACUGACAGCGGAGUUGUCACUCUUAACAGGGUAGAGUGGCUAAUCCUGGAUGAGUCGGACAAGCUGUUUGAAAAUGCGGGCGGUGCAAGAGGCUUUCGCGAACAGCUUGCCAAAGUCUGCCAAGCAUGCAGCGCAAGCCCACUGAUGCGUCGAGCCUUGUUCAGUGCCACAGCUACAGACCAAGUAGAGGCCUGGUGCAGACUUCACCUCGACGCUUUCCUCUCGCUCACUGUAGGCAUCCGGAACGCAGCUGCAGACCUUGUGGACCAAAAACUUCAGUUUGUGGGCAGCGAAUCUGGAAAACUUCUAGCUAUUCGUGGACUUGUCAAGGAGGGCCAGCUGCAACCACCUGUGCUGGUGUUCGUACAGAGCAAACAGCGAGCCAAGGAACUCUUCGCAGAGCUUGUCUAUGACGGCAUCAAUGUGGAUGUGAUCCACGCUGAACGAACGCAGGCGCAGCGUGAUCGUGUUGUGCGGGCUUUCCGCUCUGGUCAGGUCUGGGUGCUCAUUUGCACCGAGGUCCUGGCACGUGGUCUAGACUUCCAAGGCGUGGGUCUUGUCAUCAAUUAUGAUGUGCCGCCGUCGGUCGUGUCAUAUGUUCACCGCAUUGGUCGAACGGGCCGUGCCGGUCACCCAGGCAAGGCAAUCACCUUCUUCACAGAAGAUGAUGUAAUAGAGGGCCGCUUGAAGAGCAUUGUGCACCUCCUUCGUGAAGCUGGACAGCCUUUGCCAGAUUACCUCCUUGGAAGCAAUCCAAAGCAACGAGUGAGGCACCAACUGGUUGCUGAACGUGAGCCUAUUUCAACCAUCCCACCAGACUUCAAGAAGAAGAAGAUGCGUCGUGCAAAGGAGGCAUCAAGUAGCAACACAUCUUGAGUUUCAUUAUUAUUAAAGAGAUUUUGUUACCUUGUG